CGUUGUUGUUGGUCUUGCGCAGCUGGGAGAGAUGGCAUUGAGAGUGAGCGUCGCGGCGAUGUCGGUGCUGGUGCUGCUCGUGGUGGCCGGCACGGCGGCGGCGUCGUCGUGCCCGGCGACGCCGCCAGACACGGGGGCGACGCUGCAGGUGUCGCACGCGUUCGGGCCGUGCUCGCCGCUGGGGAAGGAGGCGGCGGCGCCGUCGUGGGCGGGGUUCCUCGCGGACCAGGCGGCGCGCGACGCGUCGAGGCUGCUGUACCUCGACUCGCUGGCGGUGAAGGGCCGCGCGUACGCGCCGAUCGCGUCGGGGAGGCAGCUGCUGCAGACGCCGACGUACGUGGUGCGCGCCCGCCUCGGCACGCCCGCGCAGCAGCUGCUCCUCGCCGUCGACACCAGCAACGACGCCGCCUGGAUCCCCUGCUCCGGCUGCGCGGGUUGCCCCACCUCGUCGCCGUUCAACCCGGCGGCGUCCACCUCCUACCGCCCGGUGCCCUGCGGCUCGCCGCAGUGCGUGCUGGCGCCCAACCCGUCGUGCUCGCCCAACAGCAAGUCCUGCGGCUUCAGCCUCUCCUACGCCGACUCCUCGCUCCAGGCCGCGCUGUCCCAGGACACCCUCGCCGUCGCCACCGACGUCGUCAAGACCUACACCUUCGGCUGCUUGCAGAGGGCUACCGGCACGGCGGCGCCGCCGCAGGGCCUCCUCGGGCUCGGCCGCGGGCCGCUCUCCUUCCUGUCUCAGACCAAGGACAUGUACGAUGCCACCUUCUCCUACUGCCUCCCGAGCUUCAAGUCGCUCAACUUCUCCGGCACGCUCCGGCUCGGCCGGAAGGGCCAACCGCAGCGGAUCAAGACGACGCCGCUGCUCGCCAACGCGCACCGCUCGUCGCUCUACUACGUCAACAUGACCGGCAUCCGCGUGGGGAAGAAGGUGGUGUCCGUCCCGUCGUCCGCGCUGGCGUUCGACCCGGCGACCGGCGCUGGCACGGUGCUCGACUCGGGGACGAUGUUCACCCGCCUGGUGGCGCCGGUGUACCUGUCCCUGCGCGACGAGGUCCGCCGCCGCGUCGGGGCCCCGGUGUCCUCCCUCGGCGGGUUCGACACGUGCUACAACACCACGGUGGCGUGGCCGCCGGUGACCCUCCUGUUCGACGGCAUGCAGGUGACGCUGCCGGAGGAGAACGUGGUGAUCCACAGCACGUACGGCACCACCAGCUGCCUGGCCAUGGCGCCGGCGCCCGACGGCCUCAACACGGUGCUCAACGUCAUCGCGAGCAUGCAGCAGCAGAACCACCGCGUCCUCUUCGACGUGCCAAACGGCCGCGUCGGGUUCUCGCGCGAGCGCUGCACCACAGCCUAGUCGCCGGCGCGGCCGCCGCCGUCUCGCCGUUGGUCCAAUUCUUUGUAGCUUACUGAGCUAGCUUAUCAGGUGAAGAAUGUUUCAGUGGUUUACUUAAUCUGGCUUCAUUAAUUAGGUCUUGAUAUGAGAUCAGUGAAGUGUGAGCUUCGUUUAUGAUGUUUAGGAGCUGGAUUAGUUCAGUUAAUCCCCAUGUUUAAUGUAGUAGCAACAUGAUGUUUAAGAGAAGUUGGGCCGUGCCAUUGCUUCUUGAUUUUGAAUUGGCCACCAAUAAAACAAAAUUCAA